GGUUUUAUUUUGAUAGGUAUGACAGGACAUUUAGAUUGCUUUUUCCAAAGAACUGGAAGGCAUGUAAACGUAAAAACUUUGACAUAAGAAAGGUGCAUGGGAACAUUCUUUGCUUGACUUUAGUCUAAAAAGGUAUGGAAGACAAUGAUGAAGAGGAGCUCUGCAGUAUAUAUCCAAAGCUGGAUAGGCUUAAGGCCACGAUGGAACAUUUUGUGGAGGAACGGACAGAAGCCAAUAUGUGGACAGCUGUGCUGAUUGGAGCAGUGAUGGUGAUGUCUGUCGUUGGAGUUGUUGUGUUCCUCCUUUACAGAAGAUACAAACUAUCAAAGGAGGAGGCCGGCGUCCCCCACUACCGUUUUAGGAAGCGAGACAAAGUGAUGUUCUACGGCCGAAAGAUCAUGAGAAAGGUUCAGACACUUUCCUCGGUGCCUACUUCCAACUCAAACUCAGCCGUGCGGCAGCGAGUGAGGAAGAGGACCAAAGUUCUUUCUAUAGCUCGCAAGAUCCUGCGCAUUCGUAGGGAGCCCCCGACCCUGCAGCCCAAGGAGCCUCCUCCCUGCCUGCUGGAGGCUGACCUCACUGAGUUUGACGUGCAGAACUCCCAUUUACCCUCUGAAGUGCUGUACAUGCUGAAAAAUGUCAGGGUGCUCGGGCACUUCGAGAAACCUCUGUUCUUGGAGCUGUGUCGUCACAUGGUGCUGAUCCAGCUGCACCAAGGAGAGGGACUCUUCCGACCCGGUGACACUGAUGACAGUAUUUACGUGGUUCAAGAUGGCCGCUUGGAGCUGUGCAUCCACGAGAGUGACGGCACCGAUGCCGUAGUGAAGGAGGUGUUACCUGGAGACAGUGUUCACAGUUUGCUCAGCAUCCUGGACAUCAUCACUGGUUACCCAGCACCUUAUAAGACAGUAUCUGCGAGAGCUGCAGUUCCCUCAACUGUCCUUCGUCUUCCAGCUGCAGCGUUUCAGUCAGUGUUUGAGAAGUAUCCAGAAACUCUGGUUCGUGUCAUCCAGAUCAUAAUGGUGCGGCUUCAGAGAGUGACAUUUCUUGCCUUACACAACUACCUUGGCCUUACCACUGAACUCUUCAACCCGGAGAGCCAAGCGAUCUCCUUGGUGUCUGUGGCAAACGUUCUGUGUGAAACUCAUCCACACAAAGGUUUCCGCAGGCAGCAGUCUCACUCUGAUGAUCUGGGCUCUGAAAAAGCUGACACAGCAGAAAAGUCCAGCCUCUCUUCUAUGUCUACAUCAAAAACCAAGAGAUCACGCUCUCUCUCCAACCCGAUUACUGUUACAGGGGAAAUGUCACCUGACUUCAACAGUACAUAUGUUCCAGGUGCCAAAGAGGAGACGGUGCCUCAUAGUCCUGUCAAGUCUAUUCUAAAGAAGAGUGUGACAGUGCAGCAAACUCCAUCUGCUGUGUACCAUUACAGUGAUGCAGGAGGAGGAAGCGUCUACCAUAAUAAAGUCAAUGCCAUUUUCCAAGCUGCUAAAAAGGAUCUGCUGCAGGUCAUCCAAUUACAGGACCCCAGUCUGCUGGAUGGGAGGGUGAAUCUUCGCCAGGUCAAAGCUGGAUCUGUUGUAGGCCACCAGGGAGACCAGGACGUGAGUGUGGCCUUUGUCAUCUCGGGGCUGCUCCAUGUCUAUCAGCGUAUGAUAGACCGUGAGGAGGAGAGCCUGCUUUUUGUUACUCACCCCGGGGAGUUGGUGGGCCACCUGGCUGUCCUCACAGGGGAACCCCUCAUCUUCACAGUGCGAGCGCACCGAGACUGCACCUACCUCUCCAUUUCCAAGGCACAUUUCUAUGAGAUUAUGCGCGAGGAGCCCAGGGUGGUGCUGAAUGUGGCUCACACUGUGGUGAAGAGGAUGUCACCAUUUGUUAGACAGAUCGACUUUGCCCUGGACUGGAUGGCUGUGGAGGCUGGCCGUGCUGUCUACAGACAGGGGGACAAGUCAGACAGCACCUUCAUUGUCCUCAGUGGCCGACUGCGCUCUGUCAUUGCGAAGGAUGAUGGGAAAAAGGAGCUUGCCGGGGAAUAUGGCCGCGGAGAUCUAAUUGGUGUGGUUGAGGCCCUGACCCACAUGAACCGAGCCACCACGGUCCAUGCUGUUAGGGACUCGGAGCUGGCCAAGCUCCCUGAAGGAGCUCUGAACUCCAUCAAGAGGAGGUAUCCCCAGGUUGUCACUAGGCUGAUUCAUCUGCUGGGGCAGAAGAUUCUGGGCAACAUGCAACAGGUCACAGGACCCCUGGCUGCUCGUAGUUUGGGUCUCCACACGCCUACCAGCAAGUGGGAUGCUGGGAACCCAGUCUCCAACCUGUCCACUGUGGCCAUCUUGCCUGUGUCCGAGGAAGUUCCACUCACUGCAUUCACUCUGGAGCUACAGCAUGCACUCUGUGGCAUUGGUCCCACUUUACUCCUGACCAGUGACAACAUAAAACAGCGCCUUGGUUCUGCUGCUCUGGACAGUGUCCACGAGUACCGCCUGUCCAGCUGGCUUGGCCAGCAGGAAGACAUCCAUCGCAUCGUCCUCUACCAGUCUGAUCCCAGCCUCACACCAUGGACCCAGCGUUGCAUCCGCCAGGCUGACUGCAUCAUCAUUGUGGGACUGGGUGAGCAGGAGCCCACAGUGGGUGAGUUGGAGCGAAUGUUGGAGAGUAGUGCAGUCCGAGCUCAGAAGCAACUCGUGCUGCUUCACAGAGAGGACGGCCCACCACCCAGAGGGACGGCAGAGUGGCUCAACAUGCGGAGCUGGAUCUCCAGACACCAUCACCUGUGUUGCCCCCGCAGGGUGUUCUCCAGGAGAAGUUUACCCAAGCUGAGGGAGUUAUACCAGCGUGUGUUUGAAAAAUGUCCAGAUCGUCAUUCCGACUUCUCCCGCCUGGCCAGGAUCUUGACCGGAAACAGCAUUGCUCUGGUGCUAGGUGGAGGGGGCGCAAGAGGCUGCUCUCAGGUGGGCAUCCUGCGGGCACUCAACGAGGCGGGCAUCCCUGUGGACAUGGUGGGUGGCACCUCCAUUGGCUCGUUCAUGGGAGCACUGUACGCUGAGGAGAAGAGCAUCAGUCGAAUGAGGGUCCGGGCUCACGAGUGGGCCAUGGGUAUGACUUCAUACUUUAAGAAGAUUUUGGAUCUGACAUACCCAGUUACCUCCAUGUUUUCUGGAGCCUCCUUUAACUCCAGCAUUAGCUCAGUCUUCAAGAACAAACAGAUAGAGGACCUGUGGUUACCAUAUUUCAACAUUACAACAGAUAUCACAGCUUCCGCUAUGAGAGUUCAUACUGACGGUUCGUUGUGGCGGUACGUCCGGGCCAGCAUGUCUCUGUCAGGUUACCUGCCACCGCUCUGUGAUCCCAAAGAUGGACACCUGCUCAUGGAUGGAGGUUACAUCAACAACUUACCUGCUGACGUGGCUCGCUCCAUGGGUGCCAAGGUUGUGAUCGCAAUCGAUGUUGGGAGUCGUGAUGAGACCAAUCUGACCAACUAUGGUGAUUAUCUGAAUGGCUGGUGGUUGCUGUGGAAGAGGUUCAAUCCACUGGCUGAGAAAGUCAAGGUCCUGAACAUGGCAGAGAUCCAAACACGGCUUGCUUACGUCUGCUGCGUGCGGCAGCUGGAGCUGGUCAAAGACAGCGACUACUGCGAGUACAUCCGGCCGCCUAUCGACCGCUACGGCACACUGGAGUUUGGCAAGUUCGAUGAGAUUGCUGAGGUGGGGUACCAGCAUGGGAAGACACUGUUUGAUGUGUGGCAGCGCAGCGGUGUGGUGGACAGCAUGCUUAAGGACCGACAUCAGGAGGAGUUCCACAAGACCAAAACUGGUCACGUGGUCACAUGUCCAAAUGCCUCCUUCACUGACCUGGCAGAGAUUGUGUCGAGAAUUGAACCUGUGAAGUAUGCUUUAAUCGAGGAGGAACUUUCUGAUGAGUACCAGACAGACUACGAUGAAGAUGCGGUGGAAAGUGCGCUGUCUGACUAUGAGGCGUUCACCCCCGGUAGUGAACACACAGAGGAGGAGGAGGAGGAGGAGGAAGAGACGGCAGAUACUGCUGAAACUGAUGAAGACGUUCCAGUCAGAGUUUGACGCCGAUUGAAGAACCCCCUGCAAAGUGCUCCGCUGUGAUUUCCUGUCAGGUGUGCUAUGACUGGAGCACAGUGCUCACUCUCCAGUGCAGUGUUGGCUGUGGUCCAGUGAGCAGCGAAGUACCACACUCACUGAACACUUCAGUAAGGUACAGUCGAUGGUGCCUUCAGACAGUCACAAGUUGCCGUUGUGGUCUCCUUCAGGCUGAUGCGAUGCUCUCCUACUGUCUGAGCACCUGUAAAGUUAGAGCUUGUUUUAUCGUCACAGACUCUGACAGUGUAAUUGCACCACCAGUCUUUAAAACCUAAUACUUGAUAAACACCGAGACGUUUCUGGGACAGUUCUCUGCCUUGUUGCUUCCUGCCGUGAUGAGUUCUGAUCCAUACAGUCCUAUACAGUAUUUUAUUUUAUACACUUUCAAGUUAAAAACUGUUAUCUGAUUACAGAACACUUCAAGUACAGUGUUACCCUCAUUUCCAUCCAGUAAUAAAGGGAUUCCUCCUCUUUAAGAACAGUCCACACACACGCAUGUGCCAAAUGCACUUUUAACAGUGACUGUAAUAAGCUCUUUCAGACAGUGUGUGCAUCAAUCACAUGUUGAAUGUAUGUUUUUUAAACAUGAAGGAUGAGAAAUGUGUACGUCUCCUUUCAGCUUGUUUUCCAGUUUCUGUCUAACUUGAAUGCAUAAUUCAAAGUAGUUGAUGAUUGCGUGUAUCAUUAAUGUAGCUAUAGAUGGUUCUGACCAACGAUAUCCUCACAUGUCAUGGCAUUAAGGUUGGAAGUAUUAAUGAUGACUGUAUUCUACCUAAGGGAGGUGCUUUCACAGAUUCACUGUCACAGGAACCCCCUGGUUGGUGCUAGGUGGGAUAAGGCUGUGGGCUGCUCUGCUCUGCCAUAACUGGUAAAUUACAUUGUUGAUCACAUUUACACUACACACGUGUAACCUUUGAACAUGCCCCAAGGACAGCUAGACACAUGUACUUGUGUCAUACUCGAUGCUAGUUGGCAUGGAGGGCAAAAAUUGGAGGAGUGGCUGUCUUGAGAAAGCCCUGCUGGUGUGACACAGGUGUAAGACAGACUACAAAGUAACACUGUUUACUGCUUGUAAAAUCCUAUUGAGAAAAAUCCUCACAUUACAUCACAUCACAAAUUUCCCCUGUAUACGCACAUGGAAUUUUUUAUACUCUCUCACAUAAUGUCUCUUAUCAAGUUUAUUAUCAGUGCCAAUUUUCAAAAUGAAUCCCCUUAGAGCUCAGUUUGCCAACUAAAAACGUGUUUGACUAUUUCCAGUUUUAUUUAAAAGCCAUCCCACCACAUUUCAGAGAAACAUUGCACUUUUUAUUUACUUAAAAAAAACUUUUUUGUAACAAAACUAUAUUUUUGAUAUUUAUCUGACAGCUUAUGGUCAUUACUCUCAUUAUUUCUCUCUCUCUUUUAAAAUCUGUUGCAGUUUUGAAAGAGAGAGGGUUGUCUGUUAGAAAAAGCAAAUAUGUUGAGGGUGGUGACUGUGACAUCUUAGACUAUAUUCAGAGUUCAAUUAAUCUAUUCCUUUUUGGGUGGGCACAGACACUGAGAUAUUUGUUUGUUCAAUUAGUGCUGUGAAAGCACUGGUUCUGUGAAACAACAGUUUACUUUCUCCUCCUUUUAGGCACCUUUCUUCUGAUUGGCUGCCCCUCUCGAAUGCAUUUGGAGCAGUCUGAAUCCUGAGCUUUUGGCUUAGGAAUUACUUGUACAUGCACUAAACCAUUUUAACUUUGGACAUGCCUAAUAUGAACAUCAGCCAUUGUGACAGUAUAGAACUCACCCACGUUUAUGUUGGGUAAUUGUGGUGCAACAUUUGUAACUCUGCAGAGCGUCAUCAGUUCCUGAAUCACAGCAGAAGAGAACAUGGCCAUGGCUGAUCCAGUCUAGCACCAACCACGCCUAAUGGAUCAUUAUUAUUCCUCCUGUGCGUUCCAUUUAAGAAUGGUGUCUUAAAGAAGCACUAUGUCUCAUAUUCUGUUAGUACAAGUCAUUGGAGAACAUUUUAUUAUGCAUGCUGAUACAUAUUGUGUUUUUAUUUGCAUAGUGUGUGAUUUUUUUUCUUCCUUUUUUAAGGAAUAACAUUGUCUCAAAUUGAAAUGACCAUUUCAGCUUGACCAUCACUGACAAGCUAACUGCUGCAUGCUUCAUAAUACAUACAUAAUACUAAAAUACUAAUAGUAAAAUGAUCUAAAUUUUAAAAACAAGAAUCUAAUUUUUCUAACCAAGUAUACAGUACACCAUUUACCUUGUUAUUGCAGGGAAAACACAGAUGUAGCAAAUAUCACUAACAGUGACCGUGAGACAGCAGGGUUAAAUAGGAUGACGAGAACAUUGAUGCUAUUCAGAACAGGUGCUCUUCAGUAUGACUGUGCAGGUCAAUGCAACCGUGCCAUUAAAGGGCCUUACCUUUUUUACGCCUCCUGUCUUUACACCAGCCAAACUUCAAUUUUAAGGUCUGGAGUAAAUGAGUUUUACUAAACUAACUUGGUAGUUUGUCAUGAAGUUGCAAUCAGCACUACCUGUCCUGUCUGGGAAAUGAGUACCUAACAUUAGCCCUGCACUAUAAUGGAUCAUUAUGCAGUUUAAAGCCAAGCUUGUACUUUUUAAUCAUUUUAUUAUGUGGUGUAUUAAUAUUUCAUAUCAACUGACUGUCCAAGUUUUACAAGAAAACAAAAGUUAAAGUUCCAUAGAGGGAAUAGUUACCAUGACAUUGCAUGUGAAUAACUGAAAUCUUUGUUUUCCAUUUGUUGUGAUGUUUCAUCUUUAAACAGAAUUAUGGAGAGUGAUUUUGAAUGUUAAAUCGUCAAUACACUGUGUGUGUGUAUUUCUUUAAUCUGUGGCCUGUCUGAACGCCAAAAUGAUGCGAAGCUGCAAAAGUCUGCAGAUAAAAUGUUGUUACUAUCUCCAAAAUAAAACUGGAAAUAUA